CGGGCCGGUGCUCAUUCGCAAAGGACCGUCCCAGCCAAGUGCCUGUUGGUAGGAAUCCGUUUGGCCUCGGGUCUGAGGGGGCUUGGAGGUGGCUGUGGCUGUGGCUGCGACUGAAGCAGGGGUCCAGGAGAGUCCACAGGAAAGAAGGCGCCAUGGACGAUCAGGGCUGUCCCCGGUGUAAGACCACCAAAUACCGGAACCCUUCGUUGAAGCUGAUGGUGAAUGUGUGCGGACACACUCUGUGUGAAAGUUGCGUGGAUUUACUCUUUGUGAGAGGAGCUGGAAACUGUCCUGAGUGUGGCACUCCACUUAGAAAGAGCAACUUUAGGGUACAACUCUUUGAAGAUCCUACUGUUGACAAGGAAGUUGAGAUUCGGAAAAAAGUGCUAAAGAUAUACAAUAAAAGGGAAGAAGACUUUCCUAGUCUACGAGAAUAUAAUGAUUUCCUGGAAGAAGUGGAAGAAAUUGUUUUCAACUUGACCAACAAUGUGGAUUUGGACAACACCAAAAAGAAAAUGGAGAUAUACCAAAAGGAAAACAAAGAUGUCAUUCAGAAAAAUAAGUUAAAGCUGACUCGGGAACAGGAGGAAUUGGAAGAAGCUUUAGAGGUAGAACGACAGGAAAAUGAACAAAGAAGACUAUUUAUACAAAAAGAAGAACAACUGCAGCAGAUUCUAAAAAGGAAGAAUAAGCAGGCUUUUUUAGAUGAACUGGAGAGUUCUGAUCUCCCCGUUGCUCUACUUUUGGCUCAGCAUAAAGAUAGAUCUACCCAACUGGAAAUGCAGCUAGAGAAACCUAAACCUAUAAAACCAGUGACAUUUUCCACAGGCAUCAAAAUGGGUCAACAUAUUUCAUUACCACCCAUUCAAAAGCUUGAAGAAGCUCUAUAUGAAUACCAACCACUGCAAAUAGAGACUUGUGGACCACAAGUUCCUGAGCUUCAGAUGCUAGGAAGACUUGGGUAUUUAAACCAUGUCAGAGCUGCCUCUCCACAGGACCUUGCUGGAGGCUAUACUUCUUCUCUGGCUUGUCACAGAGCACUACAGGAUGCAUUCAGUGGGCUUUUCUGGCAGCCCAGUUAACCUUUAUUUCUCCUCUAUAAGAUUUGGACCCUGGAGCCGAACCAGGGAGCUAGCAAAAGUAAAGCAGACUUGUAAAAUUAUAGCCAUGUGCAGCUGUUCAGCAACAGUACUACCACUAGCAGCUGUGUUAAAGUAUUUACAGAGAGCAAAUUUCAGAACUAAGCUGAGUAAUAUAGUGGAUACGUAUUUGUGAAAAAGAUUUAUUUUUUACUUAUAUUUUUCUGAGAGGGAUUGAAGCUGUAAGCCUCAUCUGAUGGAAGCUAUGAAUAAAUCACCUGUGUAUGUUUGAGGUUGACAGACUUGUAAAAUCUUUUAAAAAAUAAAGCUAGACUUUAUACCA